AUUUUAUAUUAUACCUACCAUCAACAUACUCUCGGAAGCCCACAAUGCCUUCUGUUCCUCCUGGAGAAAAGGCGCCACCAUCUACUUCCGCUCCGGUGCCCGACUCCGAUGCCUGCCCCCCACUUUCUACUACCUGUCAAGACCAAAUCCAAAAAGAGUCAGCAGCCGCUGAUCCAAUAAUUCCGGCAACCUCCACCGCCAUUCCUCAAGCUUCUCCUGACCUCACUUUGCGAUGUAAGUAUGAGGGCAAUGAGAAAGCUGAUCUGACGGACGAGGGCAAACAACUAUACAAUGAUGGUUGCGCGAGCUCAACAAGAACCGUUAGCGAAGAGACACCUCCCGAGUUUCAAAGUAGUUCGCUCCCACCAGGAUGUAGCUGGGGACCCGAACUCGCUCCUGACCUCCUCAACGCCCUCAAACUCGAUCCAUCUCAUUAUCCAUCCACCACAUCCUCGGUCGGAGCUUCCGCCGGAGUUUCCGAAACCGUUCCCCGCAUUAUAUGGGUAUCGUUCCCUCCAAGCUGUCCACAUAACCCUUUCUUCUUCUCUCGAGCUCGCAAGCUUGGUAUCACGGCAGUAGCGACAUGCUUCACUCUGUUAACCAGCGUGAAUGUCUCGGCGUACUCCAUAGGGGAGACUUCAAUGUGUAGAGAUUUAGGUAUCUCCACCGAGAUUGCGGCCGUCGGGCUCGGUAUCUACUGUUUCGGCUUCGCCAUAACUCCAAUGAUCCUCGCACCUCUCUCUGAAGAAUUCGGCAGACGAUGGACGUACGUCGCCGCAGUCUUCAUAUUCCUUGUUUUCCACAUCAUGAUGGCGGCAGCCAAAAAUCUCGCGACCAUGUUAAUCGCUCGAAUCAUUCAAGGUUGUGCUGGAAGUGUAGGCUCGACAUUGGUGGGCGGCACCAUUGCGGAUAUCUACCUCCCUGUCCAGCGAGGUCUGCCAUCGGCAGUUUUUGCAUUCGCAGCAAUCGCAGGGAGUGGUAUGGGUCCAGUUAUUUAUGCAUGGGUUGAAUCGACCCCACGUUUGGAAUGGAGGUGGAUAUGGUGGUUACAGUCAAUGACCAUUGGUGCCCUCUUCCCAUUCAUCCUACUCAUUAUGCGAGAGACACGUGAAUCCGUCAUCCUUCGUCGACGAGCUGCAAAACUUCGCAAGGAGCACCAAUCUGGAGACAACCAUGAAAAAGGCUAUCAUAAUCUCUUCCAAGCUCCAGACGGGGUAAUAGGCAGGUUCACAGCUAGGAGUGAAAUGAAUAGGAUUGGAUUAUGGGAAGCUAUGCGCACGAGUGCCCUCAGACCAUUCACCUUCCUCAUCGUUGAACCAGUUGUUGCUUUCUUUGCUCUUUGGAUGUCUAUCGCUUGGGGAGUUUUAUACAUCCAAAUCGGCGGUCUCCCUUAUGUGUUUAGAAAUAUCUACGGUUUCUCCACCAAUCAAAUCGGCCUCAUCUACCUCUCCAUCGUGAUUGGCGCUCUUAUCGGCUUCUUUGCUAAUUUUGUCCAGGACGCAAUCUACCGUCGUCGUUUCCAUUUGGACGGUGUCGAAGCUCGACUUUACGCCCCAAUGGUCGCCGGAAUAACUUUUCCUUUGGGUUGUUUCUUGUUCGGGUUCACAAGUCUUCAGAGCAUUUAUUGGCUGGUGCCUUGUAUUGGGAUCGUCAUCAUUAUUGCCAGCUGUUUGACUAUUUACAUCAGUGCUUUCGUGUAUCUGUCAGAAUGUUACGGCUCAUACGCCUCUUCCGCCAUAGCAGCCCAAAGUUUCCUCCGAAACGCAUUUGGAGGUGCGUUUUCAAUGUUCACUGUCAAAAUGUACAUCGCUAUAACACCCCGAUGGACAAUCUUCACAUGGGGUGUUGUCGCCCUCAUUCUUGCCACGGUACCUUUUAUUGCCUUCUACAAAGGUACUGUCAUCCGUGCCCACUCCAAGUAUUCCAAAAUUUUAAUGCGCGAGGAGAGAGAAAGGAUCGAGAGGGAGAAGGAAAACUGAGAGGAUCGAGAGGGAGAAAGAAGAAGUAUUUAGAUGGGAUGGGGUAAAACGGGGGUUCAUGGAGUAGUAGAUAGGGAUUGAAGGGGUUGGAAGAAGUGAAAGACAAUGGGUGAGUAUAGGGAUCACAGAGAUUUAGAUUUAGAUUUGGAUGUAAGAAGACAGCAUUUUAUGGAUGUAAGUAGACAGCAUUUUAUAGUACACCAAAUGCAAACAAUUUCGCAA